AACUUGACUCGCUUAGAGGCACAAAUUGCUUUAACUCUAUGUCAGUUGGAAAGAAUCUUUCCCUUAGCAUUUUUCGAUAUUUUGAUCCACUUGACUGUCCAUUUGGCGUCUGAGGCCAAGUUAGGUGGUCCGGUACAAGCAAGAUGGAUGUAUCCAGUUGAGAGGUUUUUGUCUACAUUAAAAUCAUAUGUUGGUAACAAAGCACAACCGGAAGGUUCAAUUGCUAAGUGAUUGCCCUAUAUAAUAUUUUAAUUGUUGAAUUUUGCAUUGUGGAAUUGCCCC